AUGUCUCGGUCGGAGCUGGGUUUGUUCAUUGAGGGCGUGAAGUUGAGAGCUUUGAAUUCAGUAUUUCAAAAAUGGGGGAUCUUAGCACAACCAGAUCAAUGGAACAUAAGUGGGGAGCCAUGCAGUGGAGUAGCGAUUGUCUCCACCAACUUCGAUGACACAAGUUACAACCCUAUGAUCAAAUGUGACUGCUCCACCAAUAGUAACUCUACUUGCCACAUUACCCAAUUGAAUUUGGGACAGAAUCACUUGACAGGUAACCUAUCUGCGUCCAUUGGCAAUCUAACUCGCAUGCAAUACCUGAGUCUUGGCAUCAAUGCAUUGUCAGGGACACUUCCAAAGGAACUUGGAUAUUUUACUGAGUUAAUCUCACUGGCUCUUUCAACAAAUGAAUUCUCUGGUCCUCUGCCAUCUGAGCUUGGAAAUCUAGUGAAAUUGCAACAGUUUAUGGCUGCUGCAAAUGCUAGACGCAUUGACUAUACACAGCCUGGACCCAUUGACGACUCAGUGUUGACACAGCAGGCGACGCAUCGGUCUGAAGCUAUUUGGAAUGGGCGGGAUCCAGGGUCCAUUACCUGCCGUAGUCGUAGUUCAGAGUUCUCCAAGCAACCUCCAAUGGUGGACAACCGAGUGAGGAACAUCAUCACCACAGUUGGUUUGGAGGGACUCUUGUGGGUCCCGGGUAGAGAGAUUGACAAUGGCCUGAUAACGGCCUUAGUGGAGCGAUGGCGGCCCGAGACUCACACCUUUCACAUGCCACAUGGUGAGGUGACCAUCACAUUGCAGGAUGUGGAGGUUCUUCUCAGGCUUCCUGUUGAUGGUGACGCUAUAACAGGGAGCACACAAAAAACUUGGGUGAAUGUGUGCCGGGACUUCCUUGGUUUUCAACCUGUAACUCAAAAUAACCAUAAGCAACUUGAUGGGCAGAGGAUUCUCAUCAACCGCCUUUUGGAGGAAGUUGCUAACCCAUUGCCGCCUGAUGCUGAAGAGGAUCAGCUGCAUAAGUACGCACGAUGCUACAUCCUAGCGCUAUUGGGGGACACAAUAUUCAUGGACAAAUCCGGCGAUAGGGUGCAUUUAAUGUGGGUGCAGCAGUUGGAAGACCUUCACAAUCCACGGAGGUACAGUUGGGGAAGUGCUUGCCUUGCAUGGUUGUAUCGAGAGCUAUGCAGGGCAAGCGAGGACACCAGUCAGAUUGAUGGGUGCUUGUUGUUGCUCCAGUACUGGGCAUGGGCCAGGUUCCCCUAUUUGUGCCCGACAGUUGAGCGAGGCCCGCCAGUGGGUGCUUACGGUCCUCCAGUACGUGGUCCACUAUCCCUGAAGUGGUUGUGGGUCCCAAACAAGAAAAAUAGGCCCGCCCACAUCUUCAGGGACAGGUAUCGCGAGCAACUAGCUUCCAUGUUGCCAGACCAGGUGGUGUGGCAGCCAUAUGAAGCUCAUUUUGACGACCUCCCGCCCUGGUGUGUUGCAGGGAGGGCCGUAUGGACGGCAACGGUGCCGCUUGUAUGUUUCCACCUAGUAGAGAAACAUACACCGGAUCGUGUUGUUCGUCAAUUCGGGAUGAUCCAAGAAAUUUCCCGCGCUGUUAACACUGACAGAGUGCUUCAUGGCAUUGAUUUGAGGGGGAAGAUCGGUGUUAAUUGGAUGCAGAAGCAUGCUGCGCAUAGCCUUGAGUGGGGUUAUCGCUUUGAUAUAUACCCUCUGCAUGAUUAUAAUUCCUCAGAGUGUGUCCUGCAAUUUUCUGCUCAUUUUUGUUAUAGAUCUCCAUUGCAUAAUCACUCCACACCUUACCUCGAGAGAGAUCAGAAGUAA